AUGCCAUCUUUUCGCGCUUUGGCAGCCGCCGUCCUUCUGCUCGUCCCCGGCUGCGUCCGGGGGGCGGCCGUCAACUCGAACCCGGGCAACAGCCACGCUCACGGUGGUGGUCACGGUGGUGGCAAAGGCGGUGGUCAGCGGAACGGCAACGUGACGCACUGCGGCACGGAUUUUUGCACGUGGUGGCACACGACCGGUGAGAUCAACACGUGGACGCCGGUGAAGCCGGGAAAUGUGCGCCAGUCGCACCGCUACUCAGUCGAGGUCAGCCCGGCCGGCGCCAACACCUUCUACGACUCGUUUGUCUACGAGGCCAUCCCGCGCAAUGGCAACGGCCGCAUCUACGCACCGACGGAUGCGCCCUACAGCAACACAUUGAGCGCCACCGUCGAUGACGGAAUCUCCAUCGAGCCGUCCAUCGGGCUCAACAUGGCGUGGUCGCAGUUCGAGUACAGCCACGAUGUGGACGUGCGCAUCACCACCAUCGACGGCUCGACGCUGGGCGGCGCCGGCAGCGUGACCAUCCGGCCGACGGCAGACAACCUCGCCAUGCGCGACGGCGGCGAUGGCAGCGUCAUCAUCCGCGUGCCAGCAGCAACCAAUGGCUACCGCUUCUCCGUGGAGUUUGCCAACGAUCUGUACAGCUUUCGGUCCAACGGCUCCGACUACGUGACGUCGGGUGGUAGCGUCGUGGGGGUUGAGCCGACAAACGCGCUGGUCAUCUUUGCCAGCCCGUUCCUGGCCGCCAGCGACGUGCCCAGCAUGACGGCCGCCAACACGCACACGAUGACGCCGGGCCCCAUCAACAACGGCGACUGGGGCAACAAGUCCAUCCUGUACUUUCCCCCGGGCGUGUAUUACAUGAACCAGGACCAGUCCGGCAACGUGGGCAAGCUCGGCUCCAACCACAUGCGCCUGGGCAGCAACACGUACUGGGUGCACUUUGCGCCGGGCGCGUACGUCAAAGGCGCCAUCGAGUACUUUACGACCGCGGCCCAGUUCUACGCGACAGGCCACGGCGUGUUGUCUGGCGAGAACUACGUGUACCAGGCGAACGCGGCCGAGGACUACGUGGCCGUCAAGAGCGACACGACGUCCCUGCGCAUGUGGUGGCAUAACAACCUCGUGCGUGGCCAGACGUGGACGUGCCAAGGGCCAACGAUUGCGGCACCGCCGUUCAAUACCAUGGACUUCAAUGGCAACAGCGACGUCAGCAGCCGCAUCAGCAACUACAAGCAAGUCGGUGCCUUUUUCUUCCAGACCGACGGCCCCGAGAUCUAUGCCAACAGCAUCGUGCACGACGUCUUCUGGCACGUCAACGACGACGCUCUCAAAAUAUACUACUCCGGCGCAUCCGUGUCCCGCGCCACCAUCUGGAAGGGCCACAACGACCCCGUCAUUCAGAUGGGCUGGACCGUGCGCAGCAUCAGCGGCGUCACCAUCGACACCCUCAACGUGAUCCACGCACGCUACAGCAAGUCCGAGACGGUCGUGCCGUCGGCCAUCAUCGGCGCCUCCCCGUUUUACGAGGACGGCAUGACCGUCAGCCCCAACGAAUCCAUCUCCAUGUCUGUGUCCAACAUUGUCUGCGAGGGCCUGUGUCCCGCGCUGAUGCGCAUUACGCCGCUGCAGAGCUACACCAACUUCAAGGUGACCAACGUCUCGUUCCCCGACGGCCUGCAGACCAACAGCAUUGGCAUCGGCGAGAGCCUCAUCCCCGCUGCGAGCGGCGUCACCAUGGACUUGAUCAUCUCCAACUGGACCGUCAACGGCACCAAGGUCACCAUGUCCAACUUUGGCAGCGCCGAUCUGGGCCAAUUUAACAUUGAUGCCAGCUACUGGGGUGAAUGGGAGAUCGUCUAA